AUAUCAGCUCUUCUCACUGCUACUGAAUCAGGAGAGAUGACUUCCUAUUCGGACAAAGGAGAAACGCAUGAACAAGGCAGAUUUCUAAGGUUCCAUUCUAUAACACUGUGGGUUAGCAAUGCAAAACAAGCAGCUUCUUUUUAUUGCAAUAAACUGGGAUUCCAGCCAUUUGCAUAUAAAGGCCUAGAGACUGGCAGCCGGGAGCUUGUAACCCACGUUGUGAAGCAGGACAAGAUUGUAUUUCUGUUUGUAUCUGCACUUAUUCCUGGAAAUGAAGAAUUUGGAGCCCAUCUACAGAAGCAUGGUGAUGGUGUAAAAGACGUAGCAUUUGAAGUAGAGGACUGUGAAUUCAUUGUCCAGAAAGCCAGACAGAGAGGAGCUGUCAUAGUGAGGGAGCCAUGGGUUGAAGAGGACAAAUUUGGCAAAGUGAAGUUUGCUGUAGUCCAAACGUAUGGAGAUACGACCCACACGUUAGUGGAAAAAUUGGACUACAAUGGUAUCUUCCUACCUGGUUAUGAACCUCCUCUGUUUCAAGAUCCUCUGCUACCAAAACUCCCAGAUUGCAAACUGAAUUUCAUAGACCACGUAGUGGGAAACCAGCCUGAUCAAGAAAUGGUUCCAGUUACUGAUUGGUACCAGAAAGCCCUUUUGUUUCAUCGUUUUUGGUCUGUCGAUGACAAGCAGCUUCACACGGAUUUCAGUGCCCUACGUUCUAUUGUGGUUGCCAAUUAUGAGGAGACAAUCAAAAUGCCAAUAAAUGAGCCAGCUCAAGGGAAGAAAAAGUCUCAGAUACAGGAAUAUGUUGAUUAUUAUGGUGGCCCUGGAGUCCAGCACAUUGCUCUCAAUACAUCUGACAUUAUUAGUUCAGUUUCCAAUUUAAAAGAACGAGGAAUGGAGUUCAUGUCAGUGCCUUCCUCUUAUUACCAGACCCUACGUGAGAAACUCCAAACAGCCAAGAUCAAGGUUACUGAAAAUAUUGACAAGUUGGAGGAACUAAAGAUUUUGGUGGAUUACGAUGAUAAAGGCUAUUUGCUGCAAAUCUUUACAAAACCUGUCCAGGACAGGCCAACUCUAUUUCUAGAAGUCAUCCAGCGCCAUAAUCAUCAGGGUUUUGGAGCUGGAAAUUUUAAAUCCUUAUUUCAAGCCAUUGAAGCAGACCAGGCUGCACGAGGAAACCUCACAGCUCUGACACCAAAUGGAGAUCUGGAAUUUCUGUAGGACUGGAAGCCAAUGAUCGAUAUUUACUUACUAUCAUACUUGCCAAAAUUCUCUUUAAAUUGGAAGAUAUCUGAUGAAUAUCAUAUGCAGGGCUGUGCUGAAAUCUAUGAAGUCCUAUACUGGGAAUUUAUAGGGUUUUCUUUAAUGGUGAACGCUGGCAUGUAUGACUCUGCAGUACUUCGAAUGCUGGUGAUUACAAAUUGCUCUUAAAACUUUUGUUUAUCGAUGAACUUGAUAUUCAUUUGUAUUGGACAGUACAGCAACAUUGCAUUACAAUUCAGUACCAGCUCAUUUUAUAUAAUCCAUAAUAUUUUGCAGUUAAACCAUAAUAUAAAAUGAAAUUAAUGUUAAAUAUUUUCUAACUAUAGGCAAAAAUUGCAUUCAGUAAACUCAAGAGUUUCAUAAAUAAGCAUUUCAUAGUUCUGAACAUGUAAAUGAGACACCUUAUGUAGGUGCAUGCAGCUUUGAGGGAACAUUGCUUGCAGCAAGUUUGUAUCAUUGGUUAUAUGUAAAGGAGUGAUCCAAUAACAUACUUACAUAAAAUCCCACAAUAUUACAUUUGUUUCCUACAAUAAAAAUGUAUUGCAGACAAAUGG